AUGAUUCAGAAUUCUUCACUGGCCGCUCGGCGAAGGGUAGUGCCUGCUGGGGUAGACACGACAAACCACGAGUGGUUCUAUCCCAAAAAGACUGUUGAAAAACAACGUCCCAACUCAGGGGCAACCUUAUUUGAUGACACGGAUUCUGAGGGUGGUGACUGGGGCGAAUCUCACCGGCAGAGUAUGCAAUCGCUUAGUUAUGGGAGCAACACUACUCGGUCCAGUCCUGAGCUACCAACUCCAGAUCUCAUUCCAAAAAACCUGCCUACCUUUCGGUCAAGCAAGGAACUGGUUGUGGGUCCUUCAGGUCCUGAUUUGUUCAGACAAUCCAGAGGUUCCGGCGGUUCGACUGUAGAUGUUGAGUUCUAUCUUGAGCCGUCACCUACGAAUUUAAAGCCAUCAUUUACGCAGCCUGAGUUUGUCAACACGUAUCAGGCUGGGUUCGUCAACCAGUAUCAGGCUGAGUUCUCCAACCCAUAUCUGUUGUCUCCCAAGACACCAAAGGCUUUCCCACCCAACCCCGAUGUGUCUCAUCUUUCGGAGGAGGAGAUUAGGAACUGGGAUCCUAGUCAGGUUGCUCACUGGCUAUGUAUCGGUGGAUAUGCCGAGGAUGUCCGUGAUAAGUUCAUUCAAAAUGAUAUCAGCGGCGACAUUAUGAUGUCCUUGACAGAGGACGAACUCAAGGAUCAACUCCUAAUUCAAUCCAUGGGCAAACGGCGCAAGAUCUUCAACUCAAUUAAAUACCUCAAGGAACACAUGCAGACGAGGCCGAUUCCGGAAACCCCGUCUCAGUUUCCAUCCGAGACGGCUUCUUCUAACGGGAGAAGAUCUCCUGAAUCGUUCGCCCGGCAGGAGUCCGUGCCCCAGGAGUCCGUCUCCCAGGGGUUCGGCCCCCAGCAGUUCGCCCCGCAAGAGUUGGCUCCUAGAAGAACUCCAAGAAGAACCCCAAGAACUCCCCCUACAGGCCAAUCUUACACGGUGUCUAUAUCGCCUGACGGUGAAAUUCUCUCCUCACAUGCCCUUGGACAGAGUGGAGAUCAAUUCACAAGCGCAGAGUCUGUCUCAAUUGUAGGAAUCGAGGAAUUCCACCCAAAGCCCCACAAGUGCUCCAAAGGAGAAAACUGCAGCAAGUUUAAGAAACUCAAAGAGAGGCGCCUGAGGCAGCUUGCCACAGAGCACCCUGGCGCAGAUUUCCAAGGGGGUGCUACCUUUGUAGGCAGUCCCGGAAAUCCUGACACCGCGAGAAAUCUUCUCCGACCCACGUCCGAGGCCGAGCUUUCAGUGGUGGCAUCCUCAGACAUCUUUGGCCCUCGGUCCGGACCAAGACUCUCCGAGGCAGCUCUGAGCGAAGUACAGCGUUUGGAUCCACAGGAAACAAUCCGAAACUUCCUCAGACACCAGCAUGUCGAUGACUUCCCCAAGCCUGGACCCCUUGGGCCGGACACUUACAACCUUCCACCGCCAGAUGACUUUGAGGAUAUCUCCCAGCUAAAUGCCCAGCCAAACUCCAUGGCCGCAAAUCUGCGCAGUCUGCCGAAGCUUACGAUCCCGACAAGCCCACUCACGGAAGAUAUGACAACCGCUGUUACCACCAACAGAUACUUCACUCCCACUCAUCAGAAUGGCUCUCCCACUGCCGUUCAGCAGUUUGGCCCAUUCAGUCACGCACAUCAAGCACAAGCAACUGAGACCUACCGCCAAGGUACACCAUUUUCCGAAGUUGACGUCCCUAUCACUGCAAUCCCUUGUGAUCCGAUCCCCCGUGAUGUGUCGCAAUCUGUGCCCCCAAGCAUGCAAUACGGGAGCUUGUUCCCCCCUUACCGUGAUGCCAAUUCCCUGGCACAGAACACCUCAACCUGUUCCAGUCAUGAUCUCCCUCUGUGUGAUAUCAAUUACCUCGCACGGAGCACCUCGACCGGUCCCAGUGAUGAUCUCCCUCUGCGUGACAACAAUUAUCUUGCAUGGAGCACGUCGAACCGCCCUCAUGAUGUUCUUCCUCUCCGUCAGGUGAAGGAGAACAAGGCCCUGACACCGAUCGAGCACCCAGAAGACUUAAUUCGAAGCCCCCGCGUGAGGCAACAUGGUCACAGCGGCUCAGUCUCUUCUUCUCUAGCCUCCGAUCCGGACGUUACCCAUGCGGGAUACAUGAAGAAACGCAAGACCACACGUCUGCUCAGACACGAGUGGUCAGACGCACACUUCACGCUCCGCGGCACCAACCUGGCCAUGCACAAGGAUGAGCGCGACGCGCACCGCAUCUCACGUGCCCUGGACAACAUUGAGGUCGAUGAAUAUGCCGUCGCUUGCUCGUCGCUGGCGACAAGCUCUAAGCUGACGGCCGCGUUCAAACGCUCCAUCUUGCGUAAUGGAAACCACACUAUUGACAGCCGUGAUGGUACUGCUUUUGCUUUCUCGCUUAUUCCAGCUACCAAGGAGAGUGAGAAAAAAGCACUCUUUGGAAACAAUGCUGUCAAAAGCCACCACUUCGCUGUUAAGUCUCGUGAGGAGCGCAUCGACUGGAUGCGUGAGCUUAUGCUUGCCCGGGCUCUGAAGAAGGGUAGGGACGGUGGUGAUGAUAUGCUUGUCAAUGGAAAUGUGAUUUGA